AAUCUUCCUCCAAGCCCAAGCCUUUCACCUUCAUCAUCUUCUCCGCCGCCCUCGUUUUCUUCACCCUCCGCUAUCUCGUCCACCUCCACUGCGAAUUUCGAAACAAACCGACUCCCACUCUCACUCCAGCUAAAAAAAUCUUACCAGAAAAAAACCCUGAAUGGUUCGAGGCUAUAGCUCGCAAAAUCGGGCAUAGGCAUAUCAACGUAGGAUUAGUGAACAUGCAUGAUCAAAACGCCACCAAAACGAUAUUCCACACAGAGGAAAAUAUCGUGAACGUGCAUUUCACAAGAGUUCAAAACAAUAUCAAAUGGUCGGAUAUCUACCCUGAGUGGAUCGACGAAAACGCCCCUCCGAAUUGCCCUUCCCUCCCGAUGCCAAGAUUCGAGGAGUAUCGCGACUUGGAUGUCGUCGUGGCCCGAGUCCCCGACGGCGGCGGGGCCCGGGAUGUGGGUAGGUUGCAAGUGAACUUAGUUGUGGCUAAUUUGUUGGUGAGAAGUGGGAGAAAAUUAGGGUUUGGUGUGUUUUUAGGGAAGAUUGAUGGAGCAAUGUGGGAGAUUUUUAGAUGUGAUGAUUUGUUUUGGAGUGGUGAUGAUAAUGGUGGGAAUGUUUUUGUGUAUAAACCUAAUUUGGAAUUACUUAGAGAGAAGGUUGUUAUGCCUGUUGGAAGUUGUCAAGUUGCUCCUCCACUUCCCCAAUAUGAACGUUCUUCGGCCGGCGAUCGGCGGGAGGCGUACGUGUCAGUCCUCCAUUCGUCAGAAUCAUAUGUGUGCGGUGCAAUAGUCCUGGCGCAGAGCAUCAUCCAAUCAAAUUCCACCAAGGACCUAAUCCUCCUCGCCGACGACCACAUAUCGCCGGCGGCCAUCGACGGCCUGAAAUCGGCGGGAUGGAAAGUCCGGCGAAUCGAACGGAUACAAAGCCCCCACGCCAAACAAGGAUCGUACAACGAAUGGAACUACAGCAAGCUCCGGAUAUGGCAGCUCACCGACUACCACAAGCUAAUCUUCAUCGAUUCCGACCUAAUCGCCGCCGGAAACCUCGACGGACUCUUCAAUUACCCACCGCUCUCCGCCGCCGGCAACGACGGCCACAUCUUCAACUCCGGCGUGAUGGUGAUUUCGCCGUCGGAGUGCGCUUUCGACGCGCUGAUGGACCGGCGGUUCGCCGUCGGAUCGUACAACGGCGGCGACCAAGGGUUUUUAAACGAGAUGUUCACCUGGUGGCACCGCCUGCCGGGGAAAGCGAACCGGCUGAAGUUCUUCGGGUCGACCGGCGGCGGCGGGCGGCGGAUCGGGGAGGAUGCGGCGGCGAUACAUUACCUAGGGUUAAAGCCGUGGAUGUGUUAUAAGGAUUAUGAUUGUAAUUGGGAUACGGCGUCGUAUCGGGUGUUCGCGAGUGACUCGGCGAAUGAGAGGUGGUGGCGCGUGUACGAAACGAUGGCGGCGGAGCUGCGGCCGUACUGCGGGCUGACGGCGGCGAUGGAGGCGAGGAUUGGGAAGUAUAGGAAGAAGGCGAGGGAGGAGAAGUUUCCCGACGGACAUUGGAGGAUUAAGGUGAGGGAUCCGAGGAGGAGGAGGAGAUCAACGGCUGAUAAUAAAUUAGCUUCUGCUUCAUGAUCCUUAGACGAGGAUAAUAAUAAUUUGAUUGUAAAAAUGUAGCAUGUCUGUAAAUGGAAAAUGUAUAAUUGUCGGGAGUGAUGUUUCGACUGUGAAAUCAUGGGUUCAAAUUCGAAUGUCUUUUUAUG